AUGAGCGCCCAGUCGCCCGGUUACCCAGCAGCAGCAGUGCAGAACAAUGACACAAUCAAUAUCGUCCUUCUGGGAAAGACUGGUGUUGGGAAAAGUUCAGCAGGAAACACCAUACUGGGAGAAAACAGAUUUAGAUGUGGAAGAAGUCUGUCAUCUGUUACAAAAGAGUCUAGUGCUGAGUGUAAAGAGAUUGAUGGCAGAAAUGUACGUGUCAUUGAUACUCCUGGUUUUUUUGAUACCACACUUUCAAAAGAAAAAAUGGCAAUGGAGUUUGCGAGGAGUGUGUAUCUGUCCCGACCAGGAGUUAACGCGUUCUUGUUCGUUGUGCCAUUUGGUAGAUUCACACAGCAAGAGGCAGAUAUAUUGAAUCGAGUAAAGAAGGUUUUUGGGGAAGAUGUGCUGAAGCAUGUUAUAAUCCUCUUCACAUACGGGGAUGAAUGUGACAACAAGACAGUAGUCUCAAAGAAAGAUCAGAAUCAAGUUGUGAAAGAAGUCAUACAGAGCUGUCGUGGGUAUCACAUCUUAAACAACAGAGAUCUGAAUAACAGACGACAGGUGACUGAACUAAUGCAGAAGAUCCUGCGUAUCAAUGCUUACUACACACAUGAGAUGUAUGAUUGGGCACAAAAGAAUACAUUUGAAAAGUUUUGGCAUCACUUCAAAGUGGCUUUAUUAGCCGUUUAUGAAUUUAUCACUGGAAAAGUGAACAGUUGUAAGCAUGUGCUACAUGGAGCAAGGCAUGCGUAUAACACACUUUAAUAAACAAUACUAUCAUUAUACUUCCAUUAUAAACUAAUACUAGUAGUCACAUCCUUAGGACUUCGAACUGGGUUUACUAGUAAUAAAUAUAUAUAACAUCAAAUGUGAUUUAGUAGUUUUAGAUAUUAGCCAUGUUAUCUGCAAGAUGUUUCAUAUACAAGCAGCAGAACAGUGUCAA